UUCCCCUUCUUGCCCUGAGGAGAAUUUUAGCACAUCUUCAGCUGUUAUCCCAGGUGGCUGAACUAGCUUUAGCAUGGUUUCGGUCUCCUGGGGAGGUGGUGCAGGCUUUGGACGUGUCAGUGGUGGCUUUGGCAGCAUAAGCCUCUAUGGCUUAGGAGGUGGUGGUGGCUAUGGAGCUGGCACAGGUGGCAUCCAUGAGGUUACCAUCAACCCAAAUCUCCUGGCGCCUCUUAACUUGGAGAUUGACCCCACCAUCCAGAAGGUGAGGAAGGAAGAGAAGGAGCAGAUCAAGACACUCAACAACAACUUUGACUCCUUCACUGAUAAGGUCCGUUUCCUGGAGCAACAGAACCAAAUGCUAGAGACCAAUUGGAGCCUCUUGCAGGAGCAAAAGACCACCGGGUAUGGCCUUGAAAUUUUAUUUGAGUCAUACAUCAGUAAUAUAAGAAGAGAACAGGAUAAUAUUACGGGACAGAGACCACAAUUAGACAUGGAAUUGAACAUGCAGGAUACUGUGGAGGACUUCAAGAUAAGGUAUGAAGAUGAGAUCAACAAGCGCACAGGUGCAGAAAAUGAUUUUGUGGAGCUCAAGAAGGAUGUGGAUGCUUCCUUUAUGAACAAGGUUGAGCUGCAAGCCGGAGUGGAUUCCCUGAUUUAUGAAAUCAACUUCUUGAGAUAUCUCUAUGAAGAAGAAAUAGCCCAGUUGAAGGCUCACAUUGCUGACACCUCUGUCGUUCUCCAAAUAGACAAGAACUGAAACCGGGAACUGAACAGCAUCAUUGUCGAGGACAAGGCUUAGUAUGAAGACAUUGCCAAAAGAAGCAGGGCUGAGGCAGCAUUGUUGUAUCAAAGCAGGGUGAGCAGUUCUUAAGUGUUGGGGAAAUGGGUUU